GGGCGGGGCUUGUUGACAGAGGAAGUGGCUCGGCUGGACCUUGGUCUGCUCGUGUUUUUAACUUGCAUUUGGGAUUCUUCAUUCAUAAAUACGGACAGGAAAGGGAGAGAGAGGGUGACGCCAUGGCAACAGACGUGUUGAAGGUGCUCCACGUCCUGGUGCUGUCCUUCUCCUGGGGGACGCAGCUCUGGGUCUCCUUCAUAGCAGGCUUCGCGUUGGUGCGCCAGGUGAGCCGGCACACCUUCGGCCUGGUGCAGAGCAAGCUGUUCCCCGUGUACUUCCACUGCCUGCUGGGGGGCAGCGGGGUCAGCCUGGCGCUGUACGCCCUGCACCACCCAUGGGUGCAGCUGGACUGGCACGAAAGUCUGCAGACGGGUCUGUACGUCGUAGCGCUGGUCUCGGUGGGUCUGAACGCGCGGUGGCUCGGCCCGGCGGCCACGCAGGUGAUGGUCCAGCUGCAGGAGGUGGAGAAGGAGCACGGCCUGGGGGGCCAGGUGGGCCUGGGGGCCCAGACCGAGGCGUACGCCGCGCUCAGAGAGAAGGACCCCAAGUACAGGGCCUGCAGGCGAUGGUUCGGCCGCUACCACGGGCUGUCCAGCCUCUGCAACCUGAUCGGGUUCAUCUGCACCACCACGAACCUGGUCUACACAGCUCUCAAUCUGUCCACCAUUUAGAGAAGCAGGACCUCAAAUAAAAGCCGGGCCUUUAUUUACCUGGACCGCAGACGGUACCCGGCCUUUAUUAGAGGCGGGCCUUUAUUAGAGGCGGGCCUUUAUAGAGGCGGGCCUUUAUUAGAGGCGGGCCUUUAUUAGAGACGGGCCUUUAUUAGAGACGGGCCUUUAUUAGAGGCGGGCCUUUAUUAGAGGCGGGCCUUUAUUAGAGACGGGCCUUUAUUAGAGGCGGGCCUUUGUUAGAGACGGGCCUUUAUUAGAGACGGGCCUUUAUUAGAGACGGGCCUUUAUUAGAGGCGGGCCUUUAUUAGAGACGGGCCUUUAUUAGAGGCGGGCCUUUAUUAGAGGCGGGCCUUAAUUAGAGACGGGCCUUUAUUAGAGGCCGGCCUUUGUUAGAGACGGGCCUUUAUUAGAGACGGGCCUUUAUUAGAGGCCGCCUUUGUUAGAGACGGGCUUUAUAGAGGCCGCUGUUGUGUUAGAGCGGGCUGAUAGAGGCGGGCCUUUUAUUAGAGACGGGCCUUUAUUAGAGGCGGGCCUUUAUUAGAGACGGGCCUAAUUAGAGGCGGGCCUUUAUUAGAGGUGGGCCUAAUUAGAGGUGGGCCUUUAUUAGAGGCGGGCCUUUAUUAGAGGCGGGCCUUUAUUAGAGGUAGGCCUUUAUAAGAGGCAGGCUUUUAUUAGAGGCGGGUCUUUAUUAGAGGCAGGCUUUUAUUUCUAAUUCCAUCUGUUUGAUAUGGAUGGAUAGAUAUGUAGAUAGAUAGAUAUUGAUCCAAUAGAAAUUAUAGUGUUACAGCAGCAAAAUCAGUCACACAGCACAUAUUAUAAAUA